GUAAACUAUAUGGUUGAUUGUGCCGGAUGGUACUACUUCGUGUACAUGUUGUUUAUUAUAGUUUAGCUAGGUUAAGGAAUUGUUCCUGUAAACGGUAACAAUCUGAAAUUGAGAUUGAGAAUUAAAUACGUAGGAAAGAUGGCUGCAGCAAACAACAACACUCGCAGAGUAUCUUGUGGGCUUGAUUUUCCUUUUGUAGCUGAUCUCAAAUCAGCUUUGGAUGCUGCUAGUGCAAAUUGUUUUGACUUCAUAUGUGUACCUAUAAGCCACCCUCGAUUCAGAAGAGAAUUUUUAAGAGGACCAAGCAAAAACAGGGACUCUGCCUUUACAAGAUCAGAUCUAGUUCUUAGUUCUGAAGAGUGGUCGUGUUCAGUGGUCGCUAAGUGCAGUCCUUACCUGGACUGUGACAGUGUCGACAGCAAUGUGAGGAAGCUUAGUGAACAGACGCUGCUGCAGGAACUUUUGUUUGCUAGCCAUCUCGCUAUUACUGUCGCCUUUGUCAGUAUCACACGGCCAAAUAAUGCAAAUCUCGCUAGGAUAAUCAACUCUAAAAUAUCGUCCAUCACUGGAGGAAUAUCUUGUCCCAUUUGGGUACAUGUGCUCAUGGUUUGCCCAUCCGUCCAAGCCAACUAUUAUCGUAGUAAUUCUCCCAGGCCUGAACCAGACACAUGGGAAUGGUGGAACACUUUUCGUUGUCUGUGUAACCACGACAAGAAGGUGGGGCUGGCACUUGAACUAACGACAGACCUGCCCAGUAACGAGGCCAUCGCUCGGUGGCUGGGCGAACCUGUUAAAUGUCUCAUCAUCUCGACCAAUGUGUUCGUCACCAAUAAGAAAGGCUUUCCGGUGCUGACCAAGCCUCACCAGGCCGUAGUUCGAGCAUUUGCUGGUAUGAACGUGCAGGUGGUCAUCAAUGGUACUUUGCGGCACGAGUCUAUCAAGCAUUACGUGCAAUACAUCGACCAUCUUUGGCAGACCUUGAACACUGGGGAUCCGAUGAUGGCAUAUGCCCAAGGCUUUGAGGACUACCUGCAAGUACCUCUGCAACCGCUUAUGGAUAACCUGGACUCCAACACGUACGAGGUGUUCGAGAAGGAUCCUGUCAAGUACAGUGAGUACCAGCGAGCCAUUUACCAUGCUCUCCUGGACCGCGUUCCUGCCGAAGAGAAAGACACCAACACACAGGUGGUGAUGGUGGUAGGUGCAGGCCGAGGACCCCUAGUCAACGCUGCUCUCAAUGCGGCACAGAAGGCAGAUCGCAAGGUUAAAGUGUAUGCAGUCGAGAAGAAUCCAAACGCUGUGGUCACACUACAGGCUCACAAGGAGGAACUGUGGCAGGACCGCGUCACGAUAGUCUCCUGUGACAUGAGAGAGUGGAGUGCGCCAGAGCUAGCUGAUAUCCUGGUCUCUGAGCUGCUAGGAUCGUUUGGUGACAACGAGCUCUCUCCCGAGUGUCUUGAUGGAGCACAGAAAUUCCUUAAAGACGAUGGGAUUAGUAUACCAUGCAGUUACACAUCAUACCUAGCUCCUGUGCACUCUCCCAAACUGUAUGGAGAAAUCAGUGCUAGGUACAGGGAUCCCACCAAGAUCUCUGAGUCUUAUAACUUCGAGAUGCCGUGGGUCGUCCACCAACAGAAUCGGUUUCCUCUAGCAGAAACUCAACCUCUGUUUACUUACUACCAUCCUAACAAAGAUCCUAUAAUUGACAACUCGAGAUACAAGGUACUGACAUUCCCAGUACAGACCAACAGUGUCCUCCACGGCUUCACCGGCUACUUCGAAACUGUUCUAUACGGAGACGUGAUGCUCAGUAUAGAACCAAGCACCUUCUCCCGGGGCAUGGUCUCCUGGUUCCCUAUAUUCUUCCCGAUCAAAGAUCCUAUAAUGUUGAAAGCAGGCCAGGAUGUAAUUGUGCACUUCUGGAGGCUACACAAUAAGAAGGAAGUCUGGUAUGAAUGGACUGUCACUUCACCAGUGCCCCUCUCCAUACACAAUCCCAAUGGACGGGCAUACAGUAUAGGGCUGUGAUUUCCUAGUGGUUCAAUCAGACUGUUCAGGGUAUAAAAUGUUGAGGCCAUGCAUGAAUCAUCUGACACAAACCAGAUAUUGUUUAUUAAUGUAUUGUAAUCUGUUGUACAGUAUUGAAGUAGGAAGAGAGAAUUUCCAGUUUAGUUGGCAAUGGCAAUAUAUUGUGUUAUUUAAUGUAUAUCAUUGUGAAAAUUCUCGAUGUCACUAAGAAGAGGAGGAGAGAUUAAAAAUUGCUUUACUAUGAUUCAUAUAUGGCCAUUUAUGUUUAAGUCUUUUUGUAAAGUUCAUUAAAGAAUAAAAGUACUUUUUUACAUGAA